AUGAGCAUGGCUUUCUCAAGUUAUAGCACUCUGAGCAGAGCUCAGCUUACAUUUGAGUAUCUUCACACAAAUUCAACAACUCAUGAGUUUCUUUUUGGAGCACUGGCUGAGCUUGUGGAUAAUUCCAGAGAUGCAAAUUCUACACGUAUAGAUAUCUACACAGAAAAAAGGCCAGAGUUGCGGGGCGGCUAUAUGUUAUGUUUUCUUGAUGAUGGAAUUGGAAUGGAUCCCAAUGAGGCAACACAUGUGAUACAAUUUGGGAAGUCAAACAAACGCUCAACAGAAUCCAGCCAGAUUGGCCAAUAUGGAAAUGGCCUGAAAUCGGGUUCAAUGCGUAUUGGAAAAGAUUUCAUCUUGUUCACAAAAAAGGGCACUACUCUUACUUGUCUGUUCCUAUCCCGGACAUUUCAUGAAGAGGAAGGGCUUGACGAGGUCAUUGUUCCACUGCCUUCAUGGGAUUGCAAGACAAAACAGCCUCUGACCUCGGAUCCAGAGAAGUAUGCUAUAGAGACUGAGCUAAUCUUCAAAUAUUCUCCAUUUAAAAAUGAACAGCAACUCAUGGAGCAGUUCAACAAAAUAGAAGGCAACAGUGGAACUCUAGUGGUUAUCUACAACCUUAAGCUGAUGGAUAGCAGGGAAACAGAGCUGGACUUUGAGACCGAUCAUCAGGACAUACUUAUGGCAGCAACAUCAGCUGAAGGAGUGAAGCCAGAGAGCAGGUCAUUCAGGGCAUAUGCAGCAGUUUUAUAUAUUGACCCACGAAUGAGGAUAUUUAUCCAAGGACAUAAAGUCAGGACAAAAAGACUCUCUUGUUGCCUUUAUAAGCCAAGACUUUACAAAUAUUCCUCCACACGGUUCAAAACACGUGCUGAACAAGAAGUCAAAAAGGCAGAUCAUCUUGCUAAAAUUGCUGAAGAGAAGGCAAGAGAAGCUGAGAGCAAGCGGAUUGCUUUGGAGGCAAAACAAGGGGACGACCUGUCUAAAGAUUCACGAGCAAUUCUGAGGAAGGUUCAGGAUGCAGCCAUGAUGCUUCGCCGAGAUGCAGAGAUGAAGCAAAGAAUCCUUGAAGCCAAGCAGAAGGCAUUAAAAGAGCCCAAAGAGCUAAAUUUUAUAUUUGGUGUGAACAUUGACCAGAGGGACCUAGAUGGAAUGUUUAUUUACAACUGCUCCCGCCUCAUCAAAAUGUAUGAAAAGACGGGACCUCAGCUUGAGGGAGGCAUGGCAUGUGGAGGUGUUGUUGGGGUAGUUGAUGUUCCUUAUUUAGUUCUGGAACCCACUCACAACAAACAAGACUUUGCAGAUGCAAAAGAAUAUCGGCACCUUUUGAAGUCUAUGGGCGAACACCUGGCUCAGUACUGGAAAGAUUCAAACAUUGCUCAAAAAGGUAUCGUGAAGUUUUGGGAUGAGUUUGGCUAUCUGUCUGCCAGCUGGUCUGCGCCUCCUUCUUCAGAGACCAGAUACAAGCGGCGACGUGCAAUGGAGAUACCAGUUACCAUUCAGUGUGAUAAAUGUUUGAAGUGGAGGACGCUACCUUUUGAGAUGGAUGCAGUAGAUAAACGCUAUCCAGACAGUUGGGUGUGUCUUAUGAACCCAGACAGUGCCCAAGACAGAUGUGAUGCUUCUGAACAAAAGCAAAAUUUGCCGUGUGGUGUUCUUAAAAAAGAUAAACCUUCUGCAGUAGACAAACAGAAAGAACUUGCUGAAAAAAUUAAACAACAACAGGAGAAACUAGAUGCCUUGCAGAAAACCAACACCAUUAGGUCAGCAGCUGAUAUUAGAAAACUCCCACUCGAGCCGACAAGGUCAUCUGAGAGGGCGGUUCGUCCCCGUUCGCCACCUUUGCCUGCUCAUCUUAAAAAUGCACCCAGUGUUCCCCCAUCUCGUGCUGCUUCUCAGCGGCCAACUCGAAGUCUCGCACCUCCUCCUAGACCAGAGCCUCCUAAGUCCAGAUCUGCUGCUAAAUCUGCUACAACCACAGCAAAGCCUGCAACUAAAGUACUUAAAGCAACACCCGCAAGUCGAACUUCAAAAUCGCCUGCAAAAGCACAGCCAGCUGCAGCUUCAGGGCCACGUAAGAGGAUUGUUGUGGAGGAGGACAGUGAUGAGGAGGAAGAGGAGGAGGAGGAGGAGCAAGAAGAGGAAGAAGAGAAUGACAGUGAAGAGGAGAGCGAUGAAGAACCUCAAACAAAGAAAUCAAAGAUUGCAUCUGCAGCUGCUACUCGAGGCAAGGUGGUGGAGAAAACCUCAGCUUCUAAGCGAGGGAAGUUGGAUGAGGUUAACAAACUCAGCCAUUCUGCGAAGAAGGGGGUUUCUACUCCUACCAGACCGACUUCUGCAGCAUCUUCCCCUAAAACUCUUGCCACACCUGAGCAUGGUGCUAAAGCUAAGAUGCAGCAGAAAGUCCAAGAAGAACCUGAAGACAACAAAAAUCCUCAGAAAGAUAAGGGUCUUUUAGUAGAAGUACGUGUCAAUAAAGAAUGGUACACUGGUAAAGUUAUUGCUGUUGAAACAAACAAACAAACUGUCCGGUGGAAGGUUAAGUUUGACUACGUACCGACAUCUACACCAAAAGAUAGAUGGGUUUUUAAGGGAAGUGAUGACGUUCGUUUGAUGAAGCCCCCAUCUCCAAACUCUCAAACACAGGACAUGCAACAGGAGAUGGAGAAAGGUCCAUCUCCAAUGGAGCCAGACACUACACAACCAGGAACCAGUCGAGAAGUCACAGGCAGCCUGGUUAACAUGCUCAGGACAAUGCUCCAUUACUUUUUUCCUCCUGUUUUCCGGAUUCCCAAAGAUGAAGUUAACAGCAUGACAGCCGAGGAGCUUGUGUCUUUUCCUUUGAAGGAAUAUUUCCAGCAGUAUGAAUCUGGUCUGCAGUCUCUGUGUAACUCGUAUCAGAGCAGGGCAGACGCCAAGGCCAAAGCUGUGGAGGAGAGAUGCAACAAUACUGAAAACAAACUCAAAGAAGGGGAUGAAAAACUCCAAAAAUUAAGAACAAAUAUUGUGGCACUUCUACAAAAAGUACAAGAGGACAUAGACAUUAACACAGACGAUGAACUUGACGCCUAUAUUGAAGAUCUACUUACCAAGGGUGAUUGA